AUGGCGGACUGGACUCGCGCUCCGAGCUCCGGGGCCGUGGAGGAGAUUCUAGACCACGAGAACAUGCGGAUGGCUGACAGCCUGGCCUCCAAGGUCACCCGGCUUAAAGCGCUGGCCCUGGACAUUGAUAGGGACACGGAGGACCAGAACCGGUACCUGGAUGGCAUGGGCUCGGACUUUAUGAGCACAACAGGCCUGCUCACGGGCAGCGUGAAGCGCUUCUCCAUGAUGGCGCGGUCUGGGCGAGACAACCGGAAGCUGCUGUGUGGCGUGGCAGGGGGCCUGAUCGUGGUCUUCUUCAUCCUCUCCUACCUCCUGUCCAGAGCAAGGACGUGA